UUAUAAUAAUUUUUUUCUUUUAUCUUUCAAUUUAACGAACUGCAACGAGAAGUUAUAUGAUUCAAUAUCGAGGGCUAAGGCCAAGUCUUUCGGAUUCAAGAAAUUUUUAGAGUGGCUGACCUGUCCAUGUUGAUAAUCAAUUUUUUUAAGCCCAACUAGCCUCCCCAGAAGUCAGUCGUUAUAUAAGUUUUCUGGUUCUAAACGUCUUUUAGUUUUAAUUAUUUAUUUUCUUGUAUUUCAGUCAGUGUUAAUCAAAAACAUCCUUAAAAAUACUUCCACCAUUGGCUAAGUGUUUAAAUGCCUUCUCAUAUGUUCAUUUUGUAACGCCUUUCUCCGUAAAAGUGCAACCUUACCCUUCAAACAUCGUCUGUUUAAGCCCUCUGAUUAAGUCUUGUUAGGAGUUUAGUCUUCUUUUCUUCUUCUUCUUCUCCUUUUUUCUUCUCUUUCUUCGGCAGUAGAAGAAAAGAUAUCAAGUGUAACAAAAGUGCAAAUAUCAUGCCACUGUCGAUUAAUUGUGUAUUGAUUUAUCAAUUAAUCAUUGUCUCAACAUUAGUGGUAAAUAUUUUGUGUCAACCAUCGUAUUAUAAUGACCCACUCAAUCCAUUUCCAUCUUUAAAUGCUGCUCAAAGAUCAUGUUAUGAUGAACAAGGGAAAGCUCGUCGUUGUGUGCCACCCUUUGAAAAUGCUGCUUACUUAAGGCCGGUUGAAGCAACAAACACUUGUGGUGAAAAGUAUCCUUACUUGACAACUUAUUGUGAAAACAACAUCAGUGCAGAUGACAUGCGAACUUGUGAUGGCAAGUGUCGCCGUGGAGAUCACACAGUUCAAUAUAUCAAUGAUUUCCAUGAUAAUGCAGCCCAAAGUUGGUGGCAAAGUGAAACAAUGUAUGAUGGAAUUGAAUAUCCUAAAACCGUUAAUAUAACUCUUCACUUGGGAAAAUCUUAUGAUGUCACUUAUAUUCGUUUAUUAUUCAAUUCACUUAGACCUGAAAGUUUGGCCAUUUAUAAACGGGAAGAUGAAAAAAGUGAUUGGACUCCAUUUCAAUAUUUCAGUGGAAACUGUUUAGAUACAUUCAAUGUGUCUGAGUCUCGAGAAGUUCCUGAUUCACAGCCAGAUAAAGUUUUAUGUUCAAAAGAGUUUUCAGAUAUUUCUCCUCUAUCAGGUGGAAAUGUUAUAUUCAGUACGCUAGAGAAUAGGCCAAGUAAUAAAAGAUAUGAUCAAAAUGCUGAGUUACAGAAAUUUGUUGCCGCAACGGAUAUUAAAGUUGUUCUGGUUCGACAUGGUACAUUUGGUGAUGAAAUUUUCCGUGACCCACCAGCACUUAAAACAUAUUAUUAUGCCAUAUCCGAUUUAUCUGUUGGUGGAAGAUGUAAAUGCAAUGGUCAUGCCGAUGAAUGUAAAACACAGGAUCCAAAUGAUCCUUACAGUCAAUUGAUGUGCGUUUGUCAACACAAUACAACUGGAAUAAACUGUGAAAAAUGUUUGCCUUUGUACAAUGACCAAGAGUGGGGAGUGGCGACGUUUGAAGAUGCACAUGAAUGUCAACCAUGUAAUUGUAAUGGACGAGCUAUUGAAUGUGUUUUUGAUCCUGAAUUAUUGGCUGAAACUGGAAAUGGUGGUCGAUGUAUCAAUUGUACUGGUAAUACUGCUGGGCCUAACUGUGAAAGAUGUCAAGAAGGUUACUAUGAAAACAAUUUUGGACGAUGUGUUGCUUGUAAUUGUGAUAAAACCGGAUCUGUAAACACUCAAUGUAGCAGAGAUGGUCAAUGUAUUUGUAGACCUGGAGUCGCUGGUGAUAAAUGUGAUCGAUGUGCAGAUAAUUAUUAUGAUUUCUCUGCACAGGGUUGCAAGCCAUGUGAUUGUAAUGUACCUGGAAGUCUUAAUAAUACUGCUCAAUGUCAUCCUAUUAUUAUUGAUUUACUCCUGUUAUAUAUUUUAAUUAAUUUGUUACAUUUUUUAAUUUGUUAAUUUAAUAAUCAAUUUAUGUAUAAGUUGAAGGAACUCGAGUUAGCCAAAUGGAUUAUCGUAACAAUUUGUUUCAUGUAAUCUUUCAGAUUGGAAAAGAUUC